UAAGGGUGCAGAAACACCGCGAACAGCGGAGCCGCAGUUCGCCCUGCUCCGGUGGGGAGGCAACACACUCACACGGAGCCAUUGCACCGGGACAUGGCUGGUAGCAACUACAGCUAAGUAUCGGCUUCCCGGGGGGAACGGAAACGGAGCCAAGAGACCACGUAAAAUAUACAACGUUAUAUACAUAUAUAUGUAUUUUACAAGAGAGGUGUGUUCGCCCACAGCAACGGCAACUGCGCGAAGUUUCAACUUUUGGCUCGUCAUUUUUUCACUGUUCUUCGGCUAAAGUUUUGCAGCUUCGUCAGUGUGGACUUAAAACGGCACGUGAACCGGCUCCGUCUCUGUGUUUGUUGUUAGUUAAUGAUGCACUAGCUAGUGGGUCGCCCGCUACACUACGCUGCGCUCAUAGGCUCACACAUGAGUGACCCGGCUCUGGCAGUGGAACGGGCAUGGAGCUUGUCCCCGGGACACUGUUGAAGACGUAUCGCAGCACUCUCAGAAGGGACUACUUUACAGCAUUUUCUAUUAUCAUUCGGGCUUUUACCGCACGCAACGCCCUAUACCGCGAGUAAAACUCGUCUAGGACGUCUUACUGUCCCCUGGUCGAACCACGACGGAUUCCCUCCGCGCGCGCGGACCAUGGCUCCCAUCUCGCGGAGCAGCUGCGUCUGGUUGCUGUGGAAACGGACUUUCCUCGCGGUGUGGCUGUGUGCGCUCGUGACGCGGGGAGCGAAGGAUGACGCCCCCUUCAGCUCAGAGUCAUGGCUGCGGAUGUACGGUUACCUGCCCCAGGCCAGCAGACAGAUGUCCACCAUGCGAUCGGCUCAGAUCCUGUCCAACGCCAUCAGCGACAUGCAGCGCUUCUACAGCCUGGAGGUCACUGGACUUAUGGACCCUGAGACCAUCAGUGCCAUGAGGAGGCCCCGCUGCGGUGUACCAGACAAAUUCGGAGGCCAGAUCAAAACCAACGUGCGCCGGAAGCGCUUUGCCCUCACGGGACAUAAGUGGAACAAGAGCCACCUCACUUACAGCAUCCAGAACUACACUCCCAAGAUCGGCGAGUACCACUCGUACGAAGCCAUCCGUCGGGCGUUUCAAGUCUGGCAGAGCGUGACCCCGUUGACCUUCGACGAGAUCCCCUACCAGGAGAUCAAAUACGGCCGCCGCAAGGAGCCCGACAUUAUGAUCUUCUUUGCGUCGGGUUUCCAUGGAGACAGCUCCCCUUUUGACGGGGAGGGAGGCUUUUUGGCGCACGCCUACUUCCCCGGACCGGGAAUGGGCGGGGACACCCACUUUGACUCGGAUGAACCGUGGACCAUAGGGAACGAGAACAUACAAGGCAAUGACCUCUUCCUGGUGGCCAUCCACGAGCUGGGCCACGCCCUGGGUUUGGAGCACUCCAACAACCCGCUGGCCAUCAUGGCUCCCUUUUACCAAUGGAUGGAGACGGAGAACUUCCAGCUGCCCGAGGACGAUCUGCGGGGCAUACAGCAGAUCUACGGCCGACUAGGCCCCACUCAGGCCCUGCCCACCGUGACGCCCCGUCGACCGGAGCACAGGCCCCCUCAGAUACCUCCUCGGAACCCUGACCGCCCCAGGACCACCGAAAGGCCCGAUCACUAUGGACCCAAUAUCUGUGAAGGGAACUUUGACACGGUCGCCAUGCUCCGGGGGGAGAUGUUUGUUUUCAAGGGCCGCUGGUUCUGGCGGGUCCGUAGGAACAGGGUGCUGGAUAACUACCCCAUGCCCAUCGGCCACUUCUGGAGGGGUCUGCCCGGGGACAUAGACGCCGCCUACGAGAGACACGACGGCAGGUUCGUCUUCUUUAAAGGAAACAGAUUCUGGCUCUUCCGGGAGGCUAACCUAGAGCAGGGCUAUCCAAUGGAGCUGGUCGAUUACGGCCGGGAUAUCCCCCACGACCGGAUAGACGCAGCCAUCUGGUGGGAGCCAUCCGGCUUCACCUACUUCUUCCAAGGAGACUGGUACUGGCGCUUCAACGAGCAGUCACGGCAGACUGACCAAGGCUACCCGAAACCAAUCAAUGUGUGGGGAUCGUCAGUGCCCUCAUCUCCCAAGGGGGCCUUCCUCAGUGAUGAUGGCGCACACACCUUCUUCUAUAAGGGCUCCAAGUACUGGAAGUUUGACAACCACCGCAUGAAGAGCGAACCAGGUUACCCCAAGUCCAUCCUGAGAGACUUCAUGGGCUGCACCGCGGACCCGGAAAGAGAAACGGACGCCGACGCGGGACGCAAGUACCCGGACGUGAACCGCCCGCCCCACGACCCGGACACGGAUAGACGGGACAAAGGCAAAGACGGCGAGGGGACGGACGGCGGCGCGACGGACAAGGACACGGGCAAGGGGUCGGAAGACGGCAAAGACAAAGACCACCGCGAGGAGGACACAAACGAGGUGGACGUUGUGCUGAAGGUGGACGACAGUGAGGAGCGGACCAUGAACAUCCUGAUGGUGACCGUCCCGCUCGUCCUGGUGCUGUGCAUCCUGGGACUGAUCUACGCCAUCAUCAACACGCUGCAGAGCAAAGGGGCGCCGCGGCUGCUGGUGCACUGCAAGCGCUCGCUGCAGGACUGGGUGUGACCCCUUGAACUCACGGGCACUCUGAACUUUGGACCACAGACACCGCCCUCCGCUUCACCAAACCCGUCUCAGCAGCUCUCAGUCCACGUGCUAAUAGAUCCAUUACUGUCUUACUGAUACACACCCACACACACCUCCCCCUGUCUCCCCCCGGUGCUCCACAAUACGCUGACUGUGGUCUAUUUAUCUGAGAGAAGUUUGCACAUGGUUUUUUCUGUGUGUUUUUAGUUGUUAUUAUUAGUUUUUAACCAGGAAGGCUGUUCUAUUGUCUCUGCACCACCCUUCUCCUCGACCAUCGCCCCAGUAGAGGCUUUGUUGUCGUUCGGGUUAAGGUUUUGUCCUUCUGUUUUUGCCGUGGGAGGCGAGUGAAACACACACAGCGUUUGGUCUCGUCGACAAGCGGUGCCUCUGAAGGUGGGAUCUCAGCCUUCUAGAGGCUUUGGUUGUCAAGGAUAGUUCCUGCUUAUUGUAGAGAUCAAAUGGAACCACAGAACAAAUCAAGGGGAUUGCUGCCAUCUGAGAAUAGUGGUGACAUUGGUCAAAGGAUGUGGAAACCCGCAAACCCCCCUCAUGAGACAAAUACAAACACAAUUACCCAAACAGACUGUAUCACUGGGUCUAGUUUGACCCAUCAUACUUGUCCUAGUUUUGCACCCAUAGUGUCACUUUUGGCAUUCAAAUAAAGUAUUUCAGACAAUAUGAAUUUCAGUUGGACAAAGUCAAGCCAGUUGUAUUUAUGCGGCCAAGUAUGACCGACCAACAUUUCCCAGAAGGGGCUUUAGGAUCUGUACAACAUUCUCUUGCUGUUCACAGAUGUGUACAUUUAGAUCUUUAAGCACUUGGACGGGUCAGUGUAGCCGUCUCCUCUGCUUCCGACCUAAAAGUCAACUUAAAACCACAUAAAGGCCCACGUUGUAAUAAAUAGUUAUUAUCCUGUAAAUCAGACCGUUAGAGGCCUGUUGCCCUCCUUAUCUUGUCGUCUCACAGUGGGACAACAGGUCGGCCUUAUUGGCUUUGCCUUAUUUGGAAGCCUUUUAAAGACCUCUUUGGCAGAAAGGUCUCACACUUUAAUGGGGACCUUCAUUCAUGUGGCUAAUUCUCGCAGAGCGUCCUCUCUGUCAACAGUAGGACCUCUUCGCUGCGUCCGAGGAGGAAACCCGACUGAACGUGUCAUCGAGUCCGCUUGCUGGGAAAUGUGACAUGAAAUAAAGCCAGGGCCUUUGACUUCAGGAUGUGAGAUCACAAAGGCAGUGCUGGGGUGCAGCUCAUGCAGCGCGCAGCUUUUACUGGACUUUUUUACUGCCGCUGUUUUGUCAAAGGACAAAUUAAGAAGGUUCCCAAGUGUUGUGAAUGUGAGGUCGCCGUGAGCAGCAGGGUGGGCUCGGGACAUGCAGGCUCAUGUGAACUAAUCCUCUUCAUUAAAAAAACGCAGGUGUGUGUGUUAACCCCCCACGACCCCUUUAAACUAAACCUUGAACUCCCGGAGCCAAAAUAUUCCCCACUCCCUUUUCAUCUUGCAAAGGGGAGUGUGUGUCUUCACUGGGCAUCAUAUCAGCGUUCCUCCGGCUGGGCCUUGUCUCCGUCGUUCAUGUACAGCGUGAAGAUCACCCAGAUCCUUAAAAGGCUCAAAUAAAUCACUCGCAUGAUGCGACUGAAGGUGGCUUUUGCAGAUUGCUUACUGAUUUUCAUACGGUACAGGAGUAAAUGGAACCUGUUUCGUCACCAGUAAAGACGCAAAACAAUCUAGAUAAUUGCACUUGGCCCAUUUGGGAAGACGCUUAGAAGGUCGCCUUUGGUUUGUUGCCAUUCGCCAUAGCCUUUUGUUAGGGAGGAGGCCUAUUUGGACCUAUUCAAAUAGCGCAGGAGCAAUCGCAGAAUGGGAAACGGGAUUAUAAGACAAGCGAGGGAGGGAGAGAGCACGCCUCUCAAAUGUGAAUGGGAGGAAGGCCUGUGGGAGGUGGCAUUUAGAGGUGAGCUUCCGAUGGGGGAG